AUGCCCACGGUCAAUGCCCAUCGAUCCUGGAGGUCGUCUGCUGGACGACCUCCAGGCUCGCCCCCUCCAUGGAUGGUUCUACUGGACGACCUCCAGAAUCGUCUCUCUAUGGAUUUAUUCAACUUAAAGUUCUACCUCGCCCAGAAACAACUCCGAGUAGCUCUAUUCCUCCAACUUAAAGUUUGUGGGGAAUUACGCAGCAAGUUUGAACGUGCGGGGACGUUUAUGAAGACAUUACCGCUCGGGGAGAGGGGUAACUUAGCCAAUGUUGGCGCGCCAAGUAAUGCUCGCCUUUCCGGCCACCAGCGGCCCACUCUGACCACCGCGGCGCCUGCUGGCCUCCACCUGUCACGGUACAGGCACGCCCACGCCCCGCCCACGUCCGCCCACGACGCCCACGCCCGCCCACGCCCGCCCACGCCCGCCCAUACCCCUCAACCAUGGCAGCAAAGUUUCUCUGGCGGAAGUAAUCACAUUGUCGAGCUGUGGGCCCCUGAAGGGUCUUCCUCAUCACUUUUAUUGAAAUUCCUGGAACACAGGAGAGUUUCACCAUCAAUCACUCAACACAGGAGAGUCUCACCAUCAAUCACUCAACACAGGAGAGUCUCACCAUCAAUCACCAACAUAGGAGAGUCUCACCAUCAAUCACUCAACACAGGAGAGUCUCACCAUCAAUCACUCAACACAGGAGAGUCUCACCAUCAAUCACUCAACACAGGAGAGUCUCACCAUCAAUCACUCAACACAGGAGAGUCUCACCAUCAAUCACCAACACAGGAGAGUCUCACCAUCAAUCACUCAACACAGGAGAGUCUCACCAUCAAUCACUCAACACAGGAGAGUCUCACCAUCAAUCACUCAACACAGGAGAGUCUCACCAUCAAUCACUCAACACAGGAGAGUCUCACCAUCAAUCACCAACACAGGAGAGUCUCACCAUCAAUCACUCAACACAGGAGAGUCUCACCAUCAAUCACUCAACACAGGAGAGUCUCAUCAUCAAUCACUCAACACAGGAGAGUCUCACCAUCAAUCACCAACACAGGAGAGUCUCACCAUCAAUCACUCAACACAGGAGAGUCUCACCAUCAAUCACUCAACACGGGAGAGUCUCACCAUCAAUCACUCAACACAGGAGAGUCUCACCAUCAAUCACCAACACAGGAGAGUCUCACCAUCAAUCACUCAACACAGGAGAGUCUCACCAUCAAUCACUCAACACGGGAGAGUCUCACCAUCAGUCACUCAACACAGGAGAGUCUCACCAUCAGUCACUCAACACAGGAGAACUUGACUGUGCACAGCCAAGCUUGGUGUGUGAGGAGAGCUGCCCUGGUCUACGAGGAAGGGGCGAGCAAAGGAAGUGAAGUUAAAGACUAUGGACUCGAGUAA